CCGCUUGGUCAUUGUGUAUGCUCAUGCUCGGUUGCAAAAUAUCACGACCUGAUGGUUUUUCGAUUCUUUGAGUGCUCAGGGGCAAACUGGUGUGUACUGUAGUGAUAAUUUUUCAUCAUUAAAAAUGGGUAGAUGUUGUGACAUUCUUUCUUCUUCAAGUGUACCUGUGAUGUUGUGCCUCUUCAUGUCAGCUACGGUGCACGUUGGUAUCUUAAAGGUGAUUGGAUUAUAUAUCAGGGACAUCAGCAUUGAUCUUGAAACUACAUCAGCCGAUAUGGGAGUUGCACUUGGUCUCCUGAAUACCUUCGUUUACAUACCGAGUCCAUUAAUUGCCACCCUCUAUCGGCAUCAUUCAAUUCGUCGUCCGCUACUAAUAUCUGGAGCGUUUCUUCAAACUUCAGGAGUGACGCUAUUUUCAAUGGCAACAACAAAUGUUCAAAUGAGCGUCUGCCUAUCAGUGACAGGUCUUGGAAUCAGUAUCUUGCUAAUAUGUUGUAUAGUGACACUACAUCAUGUGGCUAGGGAUAACUACAAUCUGCGUUUAGGACUCGGUUUAAGUGGUUAUGGCGCCGGUAUGGUGCUAUUCCCGCUUUUGGCUGAAUUCCUACAUAGCCCUUACGGUUGGAGAGGUGGACUUCUCAUUAUGAGUGCCUUUAUAGCACACGUUAUUCCAUGUGCUGCAGGAAUUACAACGGGGUUAGAUGAGAGGAGCAUACGAAAAAAUGAAUUAGAACCAAUCGCAAGCUCAUCUACAGGAAUCAUUGACCAGGAUAUGAAUAGAGAAGACACCGAAACAGCGCGAAGCUCAGAAGGCAGCCGAUUCGGGCAUGUUUCGGUUAUUCAAAGCAUCACCAAUACCAUCCGUCAAUCUGAUUUUUACGUGGAUCCUGUAUUCAAUGUCAUAUUCGCUCUAAAUUUUGCCUUCUACAUGGUGACCACUGGUUGGUAUUCCUUUCUUGUACCCCAUGUUCUUCAAAGAGGAAUUUCUGUCAAGAAUACCAUUAUCCUGACUUUCGCAGGAGCAAUAGGGAAUACUUCUAGCAGACUUGGUGUAGGUGUCGUAACAAAUCACCUCUUCACACCUAUUGAUGUCUAUAUCUUCGUUACAAUCCUGAACAUCGCUGCUCUCCUCGUCGAUGUGUUUGUAGCCAAUUAUUACAUUAUGUUGGUGACAACUUGCUUCUCUGCAACGGCAAUUGGAGGGAGAGCUGUUUUGACAUCACUUAUCGUGAGGGACAGGGCAUCUUCCGACAAAUUUGAUAUAGCGUUUUCACUCAUCAGAAGUAUAUCCGGAAUAGGAAUGUUUGUUGGUGGAUAUUUAGGUGGUUUAUUGGCUGAUACUUUCUCAUCUUUCAACGCUACUUUCAAAAUGUUAGCAAUCUUGGUGAUGAAAUGCAACCCGAAACCGAAUUCCUCCUGACAUUGCAGUAAGAUAUUCUCACUGCAUUUAUUUAUGUCAGUCACUUAAUAAUCGGUCAUCGAAUCGAUACCGUGGUCUUUAUAAAGGCCAAGUCAAUCUCAACAAUGAGUCAAUUUAAAUAAUAGGACAAAAAAAGCAAGUCAAACUCAUCGAAAUCGGAUGCGAAAAUCGGAUGGAAAAUGAAAAAAAAAGCGAUUAAGAUAAUCAAAUAUAGAUGAGGAAAAGGGCAUUUAUUGAUGAUCAUGCAAUAUCGUACAUGAAAAAAACAGCCACAGCUUGAACUUUCACGUUUAUGACAAUAUUGUUGGCACAAUAUAAAUAUCGUAAUAAAUAGAUUAU